AUGGCUGGAAGAGGUAGAAGAAACGAUGAAGCACUUGCUGAGGCUUUAGGAAUGCUUGCUAGUAUGCUGGGAGGAAAUCCCAAUGGAGCUGGAAUUGGUGUUUAUAGGAAACUGGGUUAUUUUCAUAGGAACAACCCUCCAUUGUUUAAAGACAUAUACAAUCUUGAAGGUGCUCAGAAGUGGCUGAAAGAGAUUGAAAGAAUCUUCCAGAUAGUUAUUUUUCCUGAAGCUGUUAGUAUUGAGUACUUGGCUAUGACUGCUAGACAAGUAAGUGAAGCUGUAGAGGAUGGUGCUGCUAUAUUUAUGUUGUUUGUGUCAAUGGAAGUAAAAGGAAAAGCAGUGAGUGGUGAGUUACCAGUGGUAUGCGAAUUUCCAGAAGUUUUUCCAAAAGAUGUGAGAGAGUUGCCACCGGAGAGAGAAGUGGAGUUUGCUAUUGAUUUAAUUCCUGGAACUAGUCCUGUGUUGAUGGUAUCGUAUCGUAUGUCGGCAUCUGAGUUGGCUGAAUUGAAGACUCAAUUAGAAUAG